UUAGUCGUGUCACUUAUAAGCAGUUAUUGCAUAUAGUUUCAACACGGAGUCAUUUAAACUUUCCAGGUGUGACAGAGGAGAGCAUCCUAGUGUACCAACCAUGACGAGUGCUUCUUCUUGUGAGGACAGCCUCAACAGUCACAUCAUCGACAUCGUCCAUCCCCAUGUCGGCGGCAUUGGAUUUUGUAGAGGUGAACCCUUAACCGAUAAAGGAAAGCGUGUUCAGAUGUUAAAGAUUUUAUCGUUGACUCUGUUACCAAUUCUUGGUCUGUGGGCUUUCACUGUUUACAGUUUAUCAGACAGCAUCCAGGGUAAAACAGCUAUAGAACAGACACAAUAUGCCGUCAAAUUCAGUGUGGAGUUGGGCAAAUUUCUUGAUCGUCUGCAAAGAGAACGAGACAUGUCCGUUCUCUACCUGAGUAUUUUGGGACCAGAAACCAAAACAUUUAUCCUCAAUGAAUAUUUGUUGACUGACCAAGCUUUAAAGCAGCUAUCUAACUGGCCAGUUAAAGGGGAUCAAAACAGCAUUUUCACCACAAAGGAUUCCUUUAAAAAAUAUCUGAGUGAUCAUCGAGCCCAACUAGAUCCCAAUAACUUUGAUAUCUACGUUGAGAUGGAAUUUUACUCGCUUUUAAUUGAAAGAUUUGUGGAAUGGAUGUACGAAGCUAUUCGAGAAUCCAACAUGGCUUCAAUCUGGAAGACACUGGUAGCCUAUCAGAAGAUAGUUACAGGGAUGGAACACGUUGGUAUAGAGAGGGCGCUUGGGGCAGUAUUUUACGUACAGGGUGGUUUCCCGACACAGAGCGUCUAUGAAAGAUAUAACGAGAAAGUCCACGUUUAUAAAGCUAAUUAUCAAUCGGCCGUAUUGUAUUCUACGAUUGUUGAUCCCAUCUUUCAAGAAGGUGUCACCAGCAGUGGUACCAACCUAACGUCAGUCAUCGAGAAGUUCCGUUUUGAAAUACAACAUACUUUAUCCAUUGAUUUCUCCAUCACGAAAGGUCAAUGGUGGUUUGAUAACAUGACUCUAUAUCUAGAUACUCUACUGGUUAUUCAACAAGAUUUGGCUACUCUUAUUAACGGUAAAUUAGAAGAAAUUAUCAACGAAGAAGAACGAAAUUUGAUUAUCAGUGCUGGUCUACUGGUGGUUGUCAUACUUAUGUGUCCACUCGUUAUAUACUCCGUAGAAUCAUUGACUAGUGAUAUCCAGAAAUAUGCUUUGACCCUUGUCCAGAAAACCAAAGAGUUGAGUCGAGAGAAACGGAAAACAGACACAUUGCUGUAUCAAAUGGUACCAAAACCAGUAGCGGAGCAGCUGAAACUUCGUCGUGAUGUUGAUGCCGAGUAUUUCAAGUCUGUGACAGUGAUGUUUUCAGAUAUAUUUGGUUUUACGCGAAUAGCUAACGAGUGUUCUCCUUUCGAGAUAGUUUCUUUACUAAACAACCUUUACACGGCAAUUGAUGAGAAACUGGAUAAUCACGAAGUGUAUAAAGUAGAAACAAUAAAUGAUUCCUAUAUGGUAGCUUCCGGUCUUCCAACACGUAUUGGUAAUCGCCAUUCUCUAGAAGUAGCAGCCCUAGCUUGUGAUCUGAUAGACAUGAUGUCUAAACGACGUUUCUCAGCGGCCGGUAAUAAAUUUAUACAACUCAGAAUAGGAAUAAAUACAGGACCAUGUAUGGCUGGUAUAGUAGGAACUAUCAUGCCUAGAUACUGUUUGUUCGGUGAUACAGUUAAUACAUCAUCUAGAAUGAAGAGCUAUGGUUUACCCAACAAAAUCCAGAUUAGUUCAAGCACUUAUAACUCUUUAAAGAAACAUGGCGUAUUUGUCAUGAAACACAGAGGAACCAUAGAAGUUAAGGGUAAAGGAUCGAUGAAAACUUACUGGCUCAUCGGUCGCUCGGAUAGGGUCAACCCCUUUAUGGAAGAAGGGAAAACAUAUUUGGAAGACUUAACACAAAAGGCAGAGGAAAUUCCCGAUGAACUGCCCGGAGAACUUAUGCAAACUACUGACCCACCAUUAGCAGGAAAAUUAGCCAUGUUUAUGGGAGUAUAUAGAGAUGGAACUGGGAAACAGUUUGGAUUUGACAUGGAUGAAAAACACGAUUCUAAACCAGAUACGUGUACCUCUUUGAAAGACGAUAAAUCCAAGUCAGCCUCGACCGAAAAGAUCAUAAAAUCAGAGGAAAAAGGUGACCAGCUAGACGAACAAGUCGACGUUUCAAAUUUUUGUUAAAAUGAUUUUAUGAUUUAUUUUGUUCGAAUUUCAUUCAGAUACGCAGAUUUUCUUUUAUAAUCUUCGAAGUCUCUGUAUAUAUAUUUUUAUAUUGAAUCUAUUUAUCAGUUUGUGGUAUCUCCAGAAUGAACAAACUCGCCUUAUUGGACUGGAGUUAGGAUAUACGUGCAAAGUUAAAUUUAAUUUAUAUAUGGACGUAUUCGAUGUUUGCUUAAUCGCAGGUAUUAAAGGUUAUGUUUAUGCCGGAAGUAGUAGAUGGCAACUGCUUUUCAGACAGUUUUAUUUCGAAUAAAACCAUGGCAAUACGUUGCUAUCUAAUUUACACGUCGACACAAACUGUAAAGAUUAUCGCCAGGUAUUACUAUGCUUGUCAGUACAUACGUUCCAAUAUUUCUACCGCCAAGAAGGGGAAAUAAAUCGGCCAAAAUGGCGGUAAACGGCAACCCGUUUUUACCGUUCGGUAAAUUUUAUGACCUCCAUCAUAUAGAUAAAAAGGACCACUUUCCAGUGCGUAUGUUAUGCCAUAAGUUAUGGUAUGAUGGGCAUGUUUUAGGCUCGGUUUUCCAUAAUAUCUUGACAUAUACCCUUCUAGGCGGUAAUAUUG